AUGUCCACCUAUAUAGACGCUCGGACAAGCAGCACGCCCAACACCAACUCAUUUUUGUAUCAGAACCAUCCACCAUCAUCACCUGUUGCUAGCAAUACUCAUCUUGGUCAACAGCAGCAUUCAGAGCACCAUCAUUAUCCACAGCAACAAUUGCAGCAGCAGCAGCAGCAGCAGCAACAGCCAUCUCAGCAGCAGCAGACUAUGGAUGACAAGUCGAAUGAGAUACACUACAGCAAUGACCAUGACAUGCUAGUGGAUUACCUGGUCUCUCCCAAACCUUCUCCUAGCCGUACUCUUCAGCCUAAUCUAUCUGAUGAGAUGAACGGCAACAAUGAUAUUACGAAGCGUCGAUCUUCCUCCUCCUCAACUUCAUCCAUUGCACUGAAGCCUAUCAAGCUUGCUACAGACAUGAACAACAGCAAAGAGCACAUAUUGAAAAGAGAUCCGUUUCAACUGAAAUCCAAUUGUAACGCUAGUGGCAACGCAAACAAUGCAUCAACAGCAGCAGCAGCAGCAGCAACUGCGCCUACGUCGUUAGCCAUGUCCCCCAAAUCAGCCAAGCACUAUGAAAAGAGGAAGAGCAACAAACUAUACAAACGAGAGAAGCUCAGAGAGGCUAAAAGCGAAUACGAGGAGCAUAUUGAAGAGUACGUUCAUCAGCUAACCAUCGGUUGUCAGCAAAUGGAUUGCAGAAAUAAGUUUUGUGCUUCAGGUCGAGGUGGAAUUAUAAGUUUGCAACCACAGGCAGCCCUCAUUAUGGCUAUUCAGCUUGCUUCCAUGCCUGGCUCCAGACUAUGUGAUCACAGGAAGGGGUCAAAUAUCAAUUUUGAGGAUCACUCAUUCAGCGUUGAUCCAGCUCAACAGAAAACAAAGCCGUUUUUGCAGUCUUUAUUUACAUCAACUCCGUUCUCUGGAGUACUACAGCACUCAUCGCACCACGAAGUACAGCGACAACAGCAGCACCAGAAAAGAUCAAAACAGCAGCAUAAGCCCAAGUUGAGAAAAGAGUUGUUUUCCAGUGCAAAGCAUUGGGCUACUGAUUUCUGGAAGCUGUUUAGUCAUUUUAGCAGCAGCCAUAACGAUUCUGAUGACGAAUGCGAUGAGGAGUACGAAGACACAGAUGAAGCAAUAGCAGACGAGAUGGAUUCUACACAGCAAGCAGUAGUUGAAAUGCAACGCCCUGGUCACAGCGAUGAAAGCUACUAUCAAUUGGACUACGAUGACUACAGAUUGUCUGACGGUGGUGACGAGAGCUGCGGUGGUUGGUCGAGCCAAGAGGGUAUGCUCUUGGCGAUUUCUCCCUUGGCUGUGAAUCUGGAUUCAGCAGUGGAACACUUGCACAGAGCCAUUGUCACUCAAUCCAUUUCUGAACAUAAAAUGGAUACGUGGUGUCGAUCUGUAUUUCAAAGCUGGGAAGGCAUAGGCAACAGCUUUCUCGUCGCUCAGAGUCAGUUCAGCAUCCCUCCACUGCAACACAAGGACAUUUCUUUUAUCCAUCUGGACGAAUUGACGAGAUUCUAUCAGAUGGUGAUUCAUCAGGAGCAGGAGAAGGAUGCCAACAAGCGAAAGAAGAACCCUCGCCAAGUGCGCAUCAUGGAAGCCAUUUCAGACAGCUUUGAAACCUUGUUGGAUCGCAUGGCCUUGAAUGUGGAAGCACUCGCAGAUUUCCAGGUAAUGGAAGACGCUGAGUUGUACCAUAUCCGCAUGAUGAUGGAAUGGUGUCGCUCCAUGAUGGCUGUCAUUCAGUGGGUCAUUUGCUGCAAGGAAAAGAAGCAAAAGGAGGAGCAAGAUGGACUCGCUGCUUUGGUUGCUAAACUGGAUGAUAUUUCAACAAACCAAAAAAGAGCAGCCUCCAUCGCAUCCACAAGCCAGAUUAUUUUGACACAAAAGCUGAUUCAGGUGCUCAGCAAGAUUGCAUACAAAAACAAGUCGAUUAUCAAGAAGAUCAUGCAGCAUAUGCUUGCAAGCCUGGAUCCCACUCGCAUGGAAUACAUUGUGCAUGAUUUACAGCAAUAUCUGCUGGAUCAUUUCCACACUGGACCUUACAAGCACGGGUUGGAAGACACUGUAAUCAUGACUAUGAAAUGCCUCGAAUUGGUAUAUCAAAGCAGCAUGAAAAAUCCUAGCCAUCCAAUCAUCCCUCCCUCCACAUUCUACAGCGCUGAAAUCUGCAAAAAGCUCAAUAUCAAAAACGAAUACAGAAUCUGGAAACGUGUAUUACUAUACGGAGAAGGCAGGCAUUCGACCUUGAUUUCACGCCAAGGAGAAACCGAGCAUCAGCGCAGAUCCAGACUCUUUAUGACCACCACAUCUACGUCCGCCAUGUUACCGUACCCAUUUGAAAACGAGUAUCAGUUUUCUUGGUUCAGUUAUCCCUUUUUGCUGCCUCCUGCCAUCAAACGAAAAGUGGUCUUGAUCGAUGCCAUGUCGCAAAUGUCAUUAGAAUACGAAGAUGCCUGCGUCAAUCAUACACUCGUUGUUCAUGCUCAAAAGCUGCUUUCCGAAGCUCCUGGCAUGCUCAAAAACUUGGAGACCAAUCUUCGCAGUGCAACGUGUCCUUACUUGCUGCUGGAAAUUCGUCGUGAGCAUUUUGUGGAUGAUACGUUGAGUCAAAUGUCUCGCAAAUGGAGUGAUCUCAAGAAGCCCCUUAAAGUCAAGUUUGUCGACGGCGGUGAGGUAGGCAUGGACCAAGGCGGUGUGCAGAAGGAGUUCUUUGGCGUCCUGUUUGAACAACUAGUGUCGCCUGAUGUGGGUCUGUUUAUACAGGAUGAGACAACCCGUCUCUGCUGGAUUCGGUCCGUGUUGACAUACGAUGUCCGCAUGUAUGAAAUGGUCGGUAUUAUGAUGGGCCUUUCCAUUUACAAUGGUGUGAUGAUGAACCUACAGUUCCCGAAGGUCCUAUGGAAGAUAUUGGUGAUGCCAAACGAGGCGCUGAUCGAUGCGAUGGCUGAGAGACGUCAACUAUUCACGCUGGAUGAUCUGGAGGAAGGUUGGCCUGCACUGGGAAGUGGGCUGCGUCAAUUGCUUCAAUGGGACGAUGGUGAAGUGGAAGAUAUUUUUUGCCGAGACUAUGAGAUUUCAAUGGACGUUUUUGGACAAGGCAUUGUCACCACAUCAUUGAUGCCAAACAAGGAGGAUCCUGUUGUGCCUGUCACCAAUAGCAAUAGAGAAGCUUACGUACAGGAUUAUUGCACCUAUUUCAUGUACACUGCUCAGAAGGAGCAACUGCUGGCGAUGCGUCGAGGACUGUGGAGUGUCAUUGGUAGUAGAGCACUGAACUUGUGCACAGCCGAGGAACUGGAAAUGGUGGCGUGUGGUCAUCGUCAAGGGCCAGAUGCAUUAGAUCUUAAUAUGGUCGAGCUUGAAAAUGUGGCAGAAUAUGAUGAUGGCUAUAGUGUAGAUCAUCCUACCAUCAGGCAAUUUUGGUCUGUUGUUCAUCACGAUUUAACAAAUGAGCAAAAGAAGAAGCUACUACUGUUUGUCACUGCAAGUGAUCGUGUACCAGUUGGUGGACUGAAAGAACUGACGUUUUAUAUUCAGAGAAAUGGACCCGACAGUGAAAGAUUACCUACAGCGCUUACGUGCUUCAGUCGCCUGUUGCUUCCAGAAUAUAGAUCUCGACAAAUUUUGCGCGAUAGAUUGGUAACAGCAAUCGAGAAUACCAAAGGCUUUGGUCUUGUAUAA